AUGGCCUAUGGGAUCCGUCCUUUGCCUUCCCUGCGCCAUGGCGUGUUGCCUCCUGAAGUUUGUGCCAAGGCCUUCUUUUCCACAACUACGGGUGACACGCUGAGGAACCAUUUCGAGGAGCCCGCGGAUGCCCUCAUGGCCAGGAGCUCAUCCUUUCAGUCGAUCUUGCAGCCCACAAGAUACCAACCUUCCGGAGUUGACAGCGGCAUGAGGCGCUCGAUGUGUACAUACCACUCGCACUACGUCCAGCGCUCAUUGGAUGCCUGGGGACCCACCAAUGAGCUGCGCGAGCUCUACAAGCAGCAGGCACGCGGGGCAGGCGCCAACGCCCCAAAGCCCCCUCUGAGCUCUGUCACCACGACCCGCUCCUCCUACCCCGCCUAUGACUCGGAAGCGGCCAGCGCCGUGGCGGCGAAGAACCGGAAGCCCAGCGUGGCAGUCCACGUGGAUCCGGGUGCCAAGUUCAUGGAGCACCAGUCCGUGCUGCAUCGUGACUUCACGCGCUUUGAUCGGCAGCAGCUGCGGAGGUGUCAGAUGCAAGCCGCGGCGCCGCCCCGGGAGGCCAAACUGGCUCCGCCUUUGUGUCCAGAUCAAGCAAGCCGCUUCGAAGGCGUGACCCAGUACCAGCGAGAUUACGCAAGACGAUGA